AUGGAUAAAAGGCAUCGGAUAAAUGUAGCACUGAAAAGUAAAAGUUAUAGCAAGCCAAAAAGGAACGUUUAUUUGAUAGAAGUAGCCACAGAAAAAGAAAUUGAAGCUAUUGCUGAGUUUGUGAGACGCACACUGGUAGAUCCUAGAUCUACAAUAAAAUAUUAUCGAGAAACCCCUACUAGUCCCAGCCGCAAUUUGGCUCGACCGGAUCCAGUCCUGGUUUCUGGCUUGGAUAAGCGCUACACGGGCCGCAAUCUACGAAUAUCUUUGGCGGUUCGGCCGGAAUUUGCCACCGAGUUAAAACGAGCUGCCGCCUUAAAUAAUUUUAAGCAAAUCGGAGUCAAAAAAAGCGAAUGUCAAUUAUUAGAAUUAGGCGAAAGUUUGUAUGAUGACCUAUGUCAAAUAGUGGCUAAUAGUUGGCAAUUGAUGAAAAAAAUAACUCCGGUCAGCCGGCACCACCAAGAAUUACAUGAGGAAUUAGAGAAAACCGGAUUAUUAACGGCUUGGGCUGAGUUGGGCGUCCGACUUGCUCGGGGUCAUUAUUUUACUAAUGGCAACAAACGCACCGCUUUGUUAGCGAUGACAACUUUUAUUCAGGCCUGUGGCUUUCGAUUACCAGCAGCGGACGAUAAAAUCAUUUUUCAGAAGUGGGGUCGAUUAUGUCUAGAAAUAGUAGUCGCGGAAAGUGAGGACACCUUGUCCCAAGCCCUAGCAGUAGAAGCCAAAAAACAGAAAUUUAGCGUUUUAUUGGCUGAUUGUGAUAAUCAACAAGCCACUACGACAUUAGAAAUAGCCAAACAGGCCGAUUUAAUAAUCCAACCGGCUGGAGCCAGUCGGGCCGAUUUGCGGCCGGCGGUCAAAGAGUUUCACGCCCUCAAAGAGGCCGGCAUUCCUCCUAGUAAAUUGUUAUUUGUUGUCAACCGAGUUGCUUCCUCAGCCGAAGCCCAAGCGGUCUAUUCUCAUUUGCAGCAAGCAGGCUAUCAGAUAGCAGAAACCCCGCUUUAUGAAAAGCCUUCUUACCGGACCGAACAAAACGGCGGCAAUAGUAUUGCUAAUGUCCGCUAUAAAAACUUGGCUAAAAACGCCC